GGCAUUGAGAGCUGGGACUUGGCAGUGAGAAAAGUGUCAUUCCCAAUCAGAGCAUAGUUUAAACCAUGGAGAAGUCGUCCACCAUGCUUUGUAUAGGAGUUUUGUGGCUAUGCUUUGCAAUUGUUACUGGUGACGUAAGAUAUUUUGUCUAUAAUACUGUAUCUUUAGAACACCUUUCUCCGGAACAAAUGGUUGAAACAUCUAAAGAAAUGGUUGUAUUCGCACACGAGCAUAUUUAUGAGAGAUGGUGGACGACAGAAAAUCUUACAUGUCAGGAGGUAGAGAAAGUAUUAGAUCUGAUGAGAGCAAACAUGGUAGAUGACCUGAACUUGCUUAUGAUUGAUGCAACAAGACAUUUAAAUAAAACUAGACGUGUUAAAGACAGGAAAAUACAGAGGUGCAGCGAAGAUAUUACAUACCAAAUUAAGGAAGCUGUCGAUGAUGCGGAUCACAGUUUCUUAAGAUGCACUGCAACGUCUUCAAUAAUACAAAAUGACAUCACAACAGAUAUGGAUAAGAAAAGAUUGAAAUACAAGAAUGCUAUUAACCAUACGCUAAAUAGCAUAGAUGACUGUUUAGUGUAUAGCAAUAAAAAUGCAGAAACACAUAGAGAUCAGUGCAUCGAAAAAUUAAUCAACGGAACUCAAAUAGAAACUAAAGAAGCCUGUAAAACAUUCACGGAAAGCAAAUGUAUGGCCCAUUUCACUGAUGAUAUUCUGAGCUGUACUUACAAAGUAUUUAAUGAAAUAGCAGAUAAAAGAGAAAAAAUUUUUAAUGAAAUACGAUCUUGCGUUGGAUAUCAUCAAGUUUAUCAAAAGCAGGACAACUACGGUCCGCUAUCCAAGGAUGCGUUGUCAUCUUUCGCACACUUUUACAAGGCUCUCAACUUUGCGUACGAUAAAAAGCUAACCGAAGCUCUGGCAUAUUAUAGUUCACAAAUUGCACGAGAGAACUAUAACUUGGCAAUCAACAAUGAAGCUAACUAUACAAGCCUACUUUACCCCUACUUUAUUGCCUUAAAUAAGACCUGGGAAGAAAACAGAUCUGAGAAAGAGAGAGCUUGUAAUUCGGAAGCUUAUAAAUCAUUGACAACGUAUAUUGCUGAAGCUGGAAAGGACAACCAGGAGUGCUGUGAAUACUACAAGAAUCAGUAUAUUCAAGAUUUUGAUACAUUUAAAAACACAAUCAAAACAUUUAACUCAAAGCUUCAAGAAGCAGGGAAUGUUGCAGUCUUAAGAUGCAUUGGACAAAGACCUAUAGAAAUCUUCAACCUAGCAACUAUUCAAAAAUGUGCUGCGCUAGCAAGAAAGAAUAUUGAGUGGGAGUGGGAAAAGGUAAUGGGUGAGUUCAGAAAAUAUUAUUUCUCUAGAUUUGCUGCCCCAAAAAUGCCUGAAGAAAAGACUUGUUAUGAUCUAAGGCGUUCGAGAUUGAUACUGGAUGCAGAGAAGACUAUGUAUAACUGUACAAGAUGUUUGUUUGGCGAAAAUGGGGACCAUUAUGCAGUGACACCGUUUCCUAAUAUUUAUACUGCCCAGCAAUGGGACAUUUUCAACGAGUCAAUAUUGAAGUUUGAUGGGAUCAUGCGCGAUUAUUAUAAUAAGUUAUCAACAACAGAGCAACCAACAACAACAGAGCAACCAACAACAACAGAUUAACCAACAACAACAGAGCAACCAACAACAACAGAGCAACCAACAACAACAGAGCAACCAACAACAACAGAGCAACCAACAACAACAGAGCAACCAACAACAACAGAGCAACCAACAACAACAGAUUAACCAACACAGUAUUCGUCAGUAAAACCAAUGGAAAUGGAAGAAGAUAUUAUAUUAUGGUCAUGAUGUCCAGCUAACAACUAUGUUAGUCUGAAGUAAGCUAAACUAUUUAUGUGUGUUGUAUUUUAUUAUUUUGGCAGAAUAAAUUAUUUGAACGGUUCUUGUUUUAACUAUUU